CAAAAACAUAAGUAUCAUGAUUAUCGUCAUCAUUAUUUACAUUUAAAUUAAACAAAAUAUAAAUUAUUGUUGCAAGUGGGUUUAUCAAUAUACUCGUAGUAUUCACUUAGCUAAGCAAGUAAACCAAAAACCACACACAGAGUCAAUGGAGAAAUCAGGAUAUGGCCGCGACGGAAUAUUCCGAUCACUCCGACCACCGUUGGUCAUUCCGGCGGAACCCAACACAUCAAUGGUUUCAUUCCUGUUUCGCAACGUGUCAUCAUAUCCAAACAAACCGGCCUUAAUUGAUUCCGAUACCGGAGAAACACUUACUUUUUCCGACUUCAAAACAACCGUCGCUAAACUGUCACACGCCUUAAACACCCAACUGGGUAUCACCAAAAACGACGUCGUUUUAAUAUUCGCCCCUAAUUCAAUCCAUUACCCAGUUUGUUUAUACUCGAUCAUCGCUCUUGGAGCCAUCGCCACCACUGUCAAUCCACAAUAUACUGUUGGCGAGUUAUCGAAACAAAUCAAAGAUUCUUGCCCAAAAGUUAUAGUCACAGUUGAAGAUUUGUAUCAUAAAGUUGAAAGCUUUGGACUGCCAGUUGUGUUUUUUGGAUCUGGGUGUUCAAGAAAAGGAUGCUUUUCAUUAAAAGAUUUGAUUUUGAAAUCUGGGUCAGUUUCAGAAUUGCCUAAAGUUUCGAUUCGAGGAGAUGACACUGCAGCAUUGUUGUACUCUUCUGGGACAACUGGUGUAAGUAAAGGUGUGAUUUUGAGUCAUUGGAAUUUCAUAGCAGUUUCACAAAUGAUCACUUCUGAUCAAAGAUUUAUGGGUGAGAAAGAUUAUGUGUUUUUGUGUUUUUUGCCAAUGUUUCAUAUAUUUGGGCUUGGGGUUGUGUUGUAUUCACAGUUACAAGAAGGGAAUACUGUUGUAUCGAUGGCGAAAUUCGAUUUUGUGGGGAUGUUGAAAAAUGUUGAGAAAUAUAGAGCUACACAUUUGUGGGUUGUUCCACCUGUUAUACUUGCUUUAGCUAAACAGGAUGUAGUUAAGAAUUUUGAUUUAUCGUCGUUGAAACAAAUCGGGUCGGGUGCUGCACCGUUGGGGAAGGAACUAAUGGAGGAGUGUACUAAGAAGUUCCCUCAUAUUCCCAUUCUUCAGGGAUAUGGUAUGACCGAAACGACUGGGGUUGUAACAAUUGAGAGUCUAUAUAUGGGUCCCCGAAACUCAGGUUCAGCUGGAAGGCUUAUCCCAGGAGUCGAGGCCCAAAUAGUCAGUGUGGAUACGGGCAAGGCUCUUCCUCCUAACCAGAUGGGCGAAAUAUGGGUUCGAGGAGCUAACAUGAUGCAAGGUUAUUUCAGAAAUCCUGAGGCUACACGGCUUACAAUAGAUAAAAUGCGUUUUGUGCAUACCGGGGAUCUUGGAUAUAUUGAUGAUGAGGGUCAAUUGUUCGUCGUUGAUAGAAUCAAAGAACUCAUUAAGUACAAGGGUUUUCAGGUUGCACCAGCUGAGAUUGAAGCACUUCUACUUUCCCAUUCUGAAAUAUUGGAUGCUGCAGUAAUCCCAUUUCCUGAUGCGGAAGCUGGGGAGGUCCCAAUUGCAUUUGUUGUCCGAUCUGCAAACAGUUCAUUGACUGAAGAAGAUGUGAAGAAAUUUAUUGCCGAUCAGGUUGCACCCUUUAAAAGAUUGAAGCGGGUGACGUUUGUAAACAGUGUUCCAAAGUCGGCUUCAGGGAAACUUUUAAGGCGUGAACUUAUAGAAAAAGUCCGAUCAAAAAUGUAAGAAUAUAAAUAUUAUAAUGCAUGAUGAAAUUUAUAUCUCUUGUGCUUGUUAUGCAGUUCCUGUAAUAGUAUUUAUUUCUUAAAUAAUCAAGGAUGUCACACUUUAGCUACAA